UUUAAUUAGAUCGAAAGGCCGUUUUCCCCUGGGUCUCCGUGGAUUGCGCCAGCUCAGCUUCAUAUUUAUGAUAUUUUAGUACAACAGGCGAACCAUUUCUUAUAGGUUCGCAACAACUGUGUACGGCUAGCACGUUUCAGGCUUCCGUUGGUCAGGUGACAGCUAUAACGCAACUAGGAGGAGGGAAUUUUAAAUGAAGCGAAACCCCUCUGACGAUCCGGUGUGCGCCGACCAGGUGCCUCUUAAGUCCGGCUCCAGUCCUCGGAGCUUCUCCUCCAGUCACCAUGGAUUCGACCGACCUGAUGACUCCGAGCCUCCAGCCAGGCGUGGCUGGUUACCACGUCUUGUCGCUAAUUUCGCCGCUAUCGUAAUCUACGGAAUCGACGGUGCAAGGACCCUGUUGAAGGGUGUUCCGGAUAGUGACGAUGUGUCGGCGAAAGCUACCAGCGGCCCUGCUGAAUUCGACGGUGCGGAUGGGAGCAAGGGGAUUCGGGACAAGAAGAUCAACGGCUGGAUGCUGCUGAGGAGGUUUUUCAGGGUGGCGAUUGCGUUCUUCACGGGCGAUUGCAAGUGGAAGGCUCGCGGGCUGAUGGUGCUGCUGCUCGUGUUCAGCCUUGGAACCACGGAGAUGUACGUCAUCAUCUCAUACACACAGCGCGACUUCAACACGGCGCUGUCCGCCAAGAAGCAGAGCGACUUCUACCUCGCAGUCUGGAAGUUCAUCAUCAUCAUCCUCUUCGCCGCACCUUUCUUCGCCCUCUUCGACUACGUGCAAGAGCUGUUGUCUCUCGAGUGGCGCCUGUGGCUAACCAACCUGCUGCUCUCCAGAUACUUUGCCAACCACGCGUUUCUGGAUCUGAAGAUGGCGGGGAAACUGGACAACCCCGACCAGCGUAUAUGCGAGGACGUGAAACACUUCGUCCGAACGUCCCUCAAUAUCAUAAUCACUCUGAUAGAGAAGAUGAUGAAUCUCGUCGCUUUCGCCUACGUGCUCUGGGACAUCUCUCCUCCGCUAGUCUGGUUUCUGGUGGCCUACGCGGUGUCAGGCACCUUCGUGGUGGUCAGCGUGUUUGGCAAGCGACUCACCUGGCUGCAGUUUCAGGGCUUUCAAAGGGAGGCCGACCUGCGUUACUCCCUGGUGCGGGUGAAGGACAACGUCGAGUCAAUCGCCUUCUACAGGGGGGAGGUCAAGGAGGAGGCGUCAGCAAAGUCCUUCCUGCACCGAGUGGCUCUCAACGUGCGAAACCGUCUAGUGGUGCAGUUCCACCUCUCCUUCUUCACCAACCUCUAUGACUUCGCCACCAUCUUUGUUCCGGCUGUCAUCGUGGCGCCAAGAUACUUCUCCGGUGCUGUGGAGUUCGGGGUGAUCUCGCAGGCCAGCUACGCCUUCAGCACCAUCUACCGCGCGCUCACAGUCAUAGUGCUCAACUUCAACUCCUUCAGUGAGCUCGCCGCAGAGACAGAGCGUCUGGAGAGCCUCCUCUCCUCCCUUUCCGAGUUUGCAGCAGACGACUCAAGCAAGCUCUUCUCCCACUCCUCCUCCUCCCAUCCUCCCCCCCACCCCCCUCACUCUCCCUCUCACCCUUCUCACUCCAAUUCAACCACCAAAGACUCCUCUCCAUCGUUUUCAUCCACCUCCACCCAUGCUAUGCACCUUGGUCAAUCCGUUUCCCUCCGCCCCUCUCACACCACCUCCCCUGCCUCCUCCUCUCUCGCCCCAACCCUCUCGGGACAAAUGCUCACUUCUCAACACACUCCCGAUGCGAAAGGUUCAGCUUCAGGCGUUUCUUCAGGUGGUUCUCCAGGUGCUAAUGGGGAGGGGGCUCCUCUGUUGGAAAUGACUGCUAUGGGUGGGAGCACUGGUGCUGCUGCUGCUGCUGUUCCUGGGGGUGGUGAAUCGAGGCAGCUCAGCGGGGACUCUGCUGUUAUAGAAUGCACCACUGCGACAGGUCGCAUUCAGCGCGUAGAGGGUCCCUGCCUCACACUCACCUCAGUCGUCAUCCGCACCCCCAACCUCCGCCACACGCUCUACCCCUCCUCCCUCUCCUUCUCCCUCCCCCCGGGGGCCUCUCUCCUCGUCAUGGGCCCCUCGGGCUGCGGAAAAUCCUCCCUCCUACGAGCCAUCGCUGGCCUCUGGAAAUUCGGCGAGGGAACCAUCGAGUCUCCGCCGCCCGGAAAAACGUUUUUCCUGCCCCAGAAGCCGUAUAUGCCCUUGGGAACGCUCCGGGACCAGCUCGUUUUCCCUGGCAAGUCACGAGAGGAAGGUGGAGAGGCAGGGGAGGGGAGCGCUGGGGAGAAGGGAGGGGGGAGUGCAAGGGAGGAGUUUACAGACAAGGAGCUUUUGCAUGCGCUUCAGGAGGUGUCUCUUCCCGAUUUGGCGGAGCGGGUGGGAGGGCUUGGUGUGGAGUGCGACUACUCGGACAUGCUCUCGAUGGGCGAGCAGCAGCGGGUGGCGUUCGCUCGUUUGCUUCUGCAGCGGCCGUACAUGGCGUUUUUGGACGAGGCCACAAGUGCGUUGGAUGGGGCGAACGAGGCACGGCUGUAUGGGCUGAUGCGGGAGAGGGUGAAGUCUUUUAUCAGCGUGGGGCACAGGACGAGUCUUAUCAAGUUCCACACUUCGGUUUUGGCGUUUGAUGAGGAUGGAGAGCGGUGGGAAGUGGUGGCUGCUGAGGAGUUUUCCAGAAGGAAAGGACUCUGAUAUUCUGGAUAAUUGAUCCGUAGAAAGCCUUGAAGAAAAAAGUGGCCAAUAGGUGUGAAUUACACCAUUUGUCAGGUUUGUGUAGACUUUUCUACAUGUGCUGCAAUUCAUUGAUUUGGUUGCGUCAGGGAAGCUG